UCUACACAGCCUAACUACAAUAUAACACAGUCUACAAUCUGUUACUAACAAAAUGGCUGCUGCAACUGCACCAACAGCCACGGAUGAUGCUAAAACAUAUCUCAGUGAAAUAAUGGAGGAAUUAAAUCAGUUAGAAAGCACUGAACCUGGAUCUGAACCUGUAUCAAUUCUAACAAAACUUUCUGAACGAGUUGAAAAAGAAACUGAAGAUUUUCAUAAACAGGAUCCAGAUCCAUUUGAUGAUAGACAUCCAAUUUACAUCAUACCCAACUGUUCAUUUGGUAAAUUCCUUAAAGUUCUUACCAAGCACCAUAGUCAGUUCUUGGACAAAGUAAUCAACACAUAUUUGCAUUCAACCACCAAUCCUGAUGAUAACGAGACAUCACUUCGUUCAGUGUCGGCACGUUUUCUUCUUGGUGUGAUGCCUGGUCUGGACAUGACAAAAAUCUUUUCAUCAAAUACGGAAGCUUUUACUUUACUGGAGCGUUGGAUCAAAACAAAACCUGAACCUCUAUGUACAUACGCCACUGGAAUAUAUUCUUAUUUGUUGGAACAUCAUGAGAUAUGUUCCCAGCGUCAUAGUGAAAGUUCUGCAUUGGUUCCAAUUCUAUUGCGCCGCUUAUGGAAUUUAAUUGAGCCUGGAAAAUAUCCUGAAAAUGAACAAUCUGAGACAACAAAGUGUGAUUUGCAACCAAAGCAACCAGAAACAACUUCUUGCAAUCAAACUGACACAACAUCCAACCCUGUAAAAAACUCAAGUGUUAAAAAGCGGAAACUGUCUGCUACAGAGGAAUGCAGCAAAGCAAAAAAAGAAAAACAUGAAACAAAAACCUUACAUAACAAGAAUCAAACCGAAAAUAACGUUGGUUCGUCAAUAGAGUCACCAUUAUCAUCACCAGUACAGAAAAAGAAAAAGGAUUUUAUAAGUUUGCCGUUGAUGAAUGAGAUAAUGGAUAGCGAAGUCAGCAAUAGUAGUUGGGUUGACAUGAUGCCGAUAGUUAUUGGAUGUUCCUACAGUCUCGCACCUCCUUUAUCUUCAAGUGUUUGUGAACGAUAUAUUCUUAACUUCUUAACUCCACUUGGUGAAUAUCAAGAUCUUCUCUCAAUUUUCCUUGAACUAAAAGCUCUUGAUCUGGUCAGACAUUAUCUUGAAAAAAGUAUAACUAACGAUGGCUUGCUAACGUUCUCUGCUCUUCGAUUUUUUGCUUCUCUUCUUUGUCACAACAAGAUUGCUGCAGAAUUUGUUGAAAAUUUAGGAGUUCAACGCCUUCUGUCGGUUAUUCGUCCCUCCAUGGGUGCUACAGGUGUUUCUAUCUGUCUCUACUAUCUUGCUUAUAACCGAGACGCCAUGGAUAGAAUUUGCCAGCUUCCGUCUAAAGUUUUGCUUAACUUGGUCAAAUACACAGCAUGGCUCCUUGAAUGCUCCCAUGAGUCCGGAAGAUGCCACGCUGCUCUCUUCUUCUCCAUUUCUUUCCAAUUCCGAAUCAUUCUCAAGUUGUUUGACCAACAGAAUGCUCUUCGUAAACUCCUAAACGUGCUGAGUACUCUUCCGAUCAUCAGUGGAGACGGGGACAUCAAUGUAACUGAUGAGGAGAACCAGUAUACGUAUCGUCAAGCUGCACGCACUACAUGUGCAACAUUAAGAAAAUACUUUGAAACUCACCUUCUUAUUAAAGUAAAGAUGGUGAAACAACAAUUACAAGUUCAAGAAGACACUUCACGUCAUACGAGUCAAUCAAAGGUGAUUGAUUGUGAUCGCGAAAAUGUUCUUGAAUAUCUUGACUUCUUGCUUGGCUUGGAACAAACUUACUCAGCUAUUCCUCCAUCUGUGCUUGUUAACUGGCACCCAGUGCAAUCCUUCAUGACACUGGAUGGGGUUAAAUUACUUCUCAAGUUGAUUGCAAUCACAUGCGAGUGGUCCAACUACAAUGGUAAAGCAGAAACGUUACGUUCUGCACUUGAUUGCCUUGCAGUGGUCACUUUAUCCACCAAAGCACAAUUGCAACUUUGUGAAACAAUCAACAUUCCGGAUUCUUCCACGCCCGAAACUGGUAUCAGCAUCUUGUUAAAUGUAGCAGAAGGAGAAUCAUAUACAGGAAUUGAACCAGAACCUCAAAAAUCAGCUCUGGCUGUCAUUGUGAAUUGUGUGUGUGGUCCUCAGUAUAAGUUUGAAGGUACAGUGGGUAGGGUGGUAAACACAACUCCUCAAAAUCGAUCGGUCUCCAAGUUUAUUGAUGAAGCAAGAAGGAAGUUGUGGGAAUGUGUGAAGACUAAUAACGGAAUCAAGAUCCUGCUCCAUCUCCUCACCAUCACCCACCCUGCUGUUCAUGCUGAUGAUUUGAGGUUACUAGCAUGCAAGGCCUUGUGUGGUUUGUGUCGAUGUGAAACAGUGAAACAGAUUGCAUCCAUGCUUCCAAUGUUUAACAAUGGCCAGCUACAAGCAUUGACGAGACAACCAGUGAUGCAGGAUCGAAAAAAGCAACACGCGAGGUUUUGCAAAUACAUGGAAGAACUAACAGAACAAGUAUCCGGGAAGCCGAGUGCGUUUAGAAUGGACCUGGAAAGCUUAAGAAAGGCUCACAUUGUUUCACAAACCGUGAUACGUUACGAUAAUCGCGAGUUGCUUCAGCUCAUACACAACCAUCUACAAUGGUCUGGUUUACAUUCAAGUGCAGCAUCAUUGGCAAAGGAAGCUUUACUCAACACACCAACCACAUUCAGUCCAUCUGUGCUUUCAACUCCAAAGAAUCUUGUCCGGCAUGCACUCACUGGAGGUGCUGGAGAUGCAUCGACCCCAGCAAGUCGGAAAAUCUCCUUUAACAGAGGAACACACGCUCAUGGUUCAACCCCAGCUUUACCCCCUCAUUCCUCUGUUAUGUGCACACCUACACAAAAGCAGAAAAUGAAAUUCCGUAACCGAUUAGAAAAUGGUCAAACUACCGAACCCAGUGGUAUGGACAUUCAGAAAUAUCGAUUAUCAUCAAAUGGACGAGUAACUGUAGUUGAACCAGGUCUCCUAGGUGCUGAUAAAGAUUCCCACACCCCAACACUUAACACAAUAGUUGCUGACUUCCUUAAAUCACAACACGCACAUUGUGAGAACCCUGUUGUGACCGUGCCAGAAUUCUCUUUAACAAGGUCACACUGUUGUCCGAAGCCUUUGUAUCGAGCAGAAGCUCCGAUAAACAUUGCAUCGAGAUAUUUUCGACGUCAAAUCACCCCCAGAUGGGGUGGUGUGGGGGGUUGCGCUCGUGAUCGACAGUUCAUCUAUAGCAGGUUUCGACCGAGUUUUGUUUUCCGACCACCUGACCAAGAGAAUGUUCCUUACACAUGUUGUGCAUUCAUGCCUGAUGACCUGAGCUUAGCAGUCGGCAAUUUCCAAGGAGACAUCACGUUUCAUAGCCUCGACACGGAACAGGACAGAGUGAUUGAGAAUUGCGCUAAUGCUCCAAUUGUUUGUCUUGAACCUUCAAGGGAUGGGGAGAGGUUACUAACAGUUGCAGAAGGAGUGUUUAGCAACCCAUGCACCAUGUUUAAUGUGGAAAAUAUGGAGUCAAAGUUUAACUAUCGUGGUGCGUACCAUGUUGAGUUUUCCAAGACCACUCAAGAUCGAGUGAUUGGAACUAAAGAUUCAUCUGCUCUGAUUUACGACGCAGCCACUGGCCAAAUUAUUCAAACCUUAGAAAAAGUGAACCUUGCAAAGCAAUAUACUUGUAACAAAGCUACUUUUUCACCAAAUGAUGAUCUUGUCCUAUCUGACGGCUUGCUUUGGGAUCCUAGAGUCAGUUCUACUGAACCAAUCCAUAAGUUUGAUAAGUUUAACUCGAGUAUGUCGGGUAUUUUUCACCCACGAGGAACGGAAGUAAUCAUCAACACAGAAGUUUGGGAUUUGAGGAAUUAUCAUUUGCUACGAACAGUUCCAUACAUAGACCAAUGUACUUUGCAUUUUAACAGAGACAGCACUGUUAUGUAUGCUGCAAAAUCACUGAGUCAUUUGGAGAUGGAAGAUAUAGAUGAGAAUGAUGAUUCAAGUCCAGGAUCCACAACCUUCCUUGCUAUCGAUGCACAAAACUAUCGACCACUCAGUGUAACUGACACUAAACAUAAAAUAUAUGACUUUGCUGCUGAUGGAAAAGAUUGUAAUUUAGCUGUUAUUGAGCGUCAGCAACAUUCGGACGAUAAUAACGAAGACGAAAGAAUUAGCGUUUGUAGACUUUAUGAAGUUGGUAAAGUUCGAGGUGAUGAUGAUGAAGAAGAUGAUUUCAUGGUAGAGGAGAAUAAUGAUGAGGAUGAUGGGAACGAUGACGAUGAUGAUAACAGCUCCCAAUCCUCCGAUGACAUGUCCUCUCACUCUGGAGAUGAUCAGAUGGGUCGCUUUCUCAGGAGGAGAAGAGACAGGAGGAGGUGGAGGAGAAGAAGAAGAGAAAGGCAGAGGAGGAGUGGGAGCAGCGGGAGUGAGAGUGAGAACGAAAAUGGGGAUGGAAGUCGUGGAAGUGAAAGUGAUGAUUGGCAGGAUGAUGAUGUUUCCUUGUCCGGCUUAAGUGUGGGUUCCUUUGGUCAAGACACUAGUAGUGGCGGCUCUAAUGGUUUCUUUGAUAUGUUCGAAUAAUAUUGGUUGGUUAAAGAUGUAAAUCCUCUGUUUAGGAACCUUCUUUCUCUCAAUUAUGACCUCAUUAUUAGGCCAAGGGUUGGGAUUUCUAUUUUACGGUGCAAUCGUGUUCUAACCACUGCCAUUGCGUUUGUGGAUUUUAAACCGUACCAAGUUCAA